GCAAAAGAUGGUGGCGAACGAUUUGCAGGAUUGUGAUGUUGGUGGGUAAUGCGAGAAGUGCGAGAAAGAGUGUGCGCUUCCUGUUGACCUUGACUGGCCUCCUGCUGCCCUUGCUGCUGCCUGUUCCUGCGAAGCACCUUCCCACCCGGGUGUUACACCUUCACACCACACAUCCGCCUCUCUCGUUUGCCCUCAGGAGGUUCCCGCGGAUGUCAUCCAAGGCGAGUGGCGGUGCGCUGCCGUCCCUUCUCCCAUCCCGCAGCCACAUCACCAAGUGGUGAUAAAUCCGCAUACACUCAAGAAGUGGCGUUUCUUGCUUUUCGAAUGCUCUGUGAUUUGCGUGUGCGUGCAGGGCAUGGAGGAGCCUCCACACUUGGGGAUCACGAUGGGCGCUGGCAGCGUCGGCGUACCUGCCCUUCCUGCCGCAGAGCAAGUGUGUCUUCUACUUUGACAUCCAGAAGCCCGUCAUUGCACUCACCAUCGAUGUAUGUGAGCCAUGCAGAGGGGAGGCGGCAUGUGUGUGAGUGGAGUGGCUGGUGUGUGUGGCGUGUUGGGUGUGCUGUUCAGGAUGCGCCAGGCAGUGAUGAGUCGGUGAGCUUCCAGCUGCUCGACUGUCUGAAGGACAACGGUGUGAAGGCCACGUUCUUCAUCAUCUCAUCUCGUACGCGAGGCAACACCGGCCGGCCAUGCAUGCCUUGAUGCGAUGCGCCCAUUGUGCGCUCUGUGUGUGUGUGUGUGUGUCUGUGUGUGCAGAUGUGGACGGGCAGGAGUCGGUCGUGAGGCGGAUGGUUGAGGACGGUCAUGAGCUGGCCAAUCAUAUGACGCACGACAAGCCUGCUCAUCGUUUGGACGAGGCGACGUUCGAGAGGCUGCUGCUGCAGUGCGAGUCGGUGCUGAAUCAGUUCGUGCCUGACUUCAAGGAGAGGCAGCUCAAGUGGUAUCGGCCGCCAAUGGGACUGGCCAGCGAGGUCAUGCAUCGAGUGCUCGCCAAACACAGAUACACAUCGGCACUGGUGAGCGACGGAGGCAGGGGGGGAGGGGAGGCGAACAUACCCACCCUCUCAUGUGUGUUGGUGUGCAUCUGUUUGUUUGUGUGGACAGGGCGACGUCUAUCCCCUGGACGUUAACCUGCAGGAGCAUCCCACCUUUUUGCGUGACUUCGUCCACGACCACGCCAAGCCGGGCUCGAUUGUCAUCCUCCAUUUCCCCUCGGCCACGUUCAGAGCCGAGAACCUGUGGGUGCUGAAGCAGGUGGUUCCGCAGCUGACGGCCAAGUUCGAGUGCGUCACCCUGUCAGAGCUGCACGACAUCGCCAAGGCAGAGGGGGACAACGGCAGCAACAAACCCCCCACCAAGCGAGAGAAGGAGACCGUCAGGUCAUCCUCCCUGCCCGAGGCCAUCGCGUCAGACCCCUCCCUCCUCCACUCAGCACAGUCGGCAAUUGAUGUCGAUGCCGCCGCUGCUCAGCCCCCCGCCGCCCGCCGUGCGCUCUCGCCCUUCCUGUCAUUUCAGUCGAUGAGCCGUCUGGGUGUGAACCACAACAGGAAGGCCAAGAACAGUACGUCGUCGCGCUCGCCCUCGCCCCAGCUGGCAUCGCUUGAGGGUGAUCGAGGAGGGGUCGGGGCAGUCGGGUGCUGGCCGCUGGCGCGGAGUGGCAGCCUUAGAGGCAGAGAGGCGGGGAAGUGAGACGUGCUUCCAUCGUGCCUGUGUUGGGGGUGGGGAGAGAGAGUGAGUGGAUUUUUCUCGCUUGUUUGUAUGUGUCUGUCGACUUACUUACUACACUGGGGGCUCUGUUUUCCUUAUCUGUACAGUAGCUGCUGCCUUGGACUGUGUGUAGUCGAGCGACGUGUCGAGCGUGGCGAGAUGCGAAUUUUCCAUCAAUCGCGAUGUGGAAUGACAGGAUGGACACGUGACCCUACGGAUAGACAGGGAUUCAAACAUGCGGCUCCACAAAUAUGUACGCUUUAAGUCUCUCACAGUACCGUCGAGAAUUUUCGUGGGAGACGGCCUUUUGAGACUUGUCCAGAACAAGGUAGAAAAUUCAUUCUACACGUCGCCCCCUGAUUAGCCCCGUCCACGCCGUCUGCUGUUGUUUUCCCAAGCAAGAGCGCGACCAAAGAAGAAGUUUCCCGAGGGGACUCUCACGUGGAGGCGAGUGCCCGGCGUCUGCCUGAUGCUGGUCAAGGUGGACGUGUCUGCCAACCAGGAAAAGCGCACUUUGAUCCAGAGACUGCUGCGUCUGAAGGAGAGAAUGGUGGCCGACAAGCACGGAGUGCAAUUCUGUGUAAGUCACUCUUACUCGAAUAGCGUCUAUGACACUUUUGCCUGUGUGCAGACGAGCAUCACGGAGGCCUUUGUUCAGGUGAGCUGUUCACAAUCUGAGAGAAGGCGAAGCCUUGCCGCUGGGGAGAGGGAUCUCCUGCCGAGCGCGAAAACCUCACGUUCCUGCCACUUGGCCUCACGUUCUCUGCCGCGACACCGACAGGGAAGAAGCGGCGUGAAGGUGGGAGAGGGGAGCGUGAAGGGGGCGAAACGUGCAUCUGCCAGGAGGGCGUUGGAUUCGCUCACGGAUAAGGUGAGUCAGAUGAGUACACCAUUCAUGCUUGACACGGUUUUUUGACAUUCAGGGUGUGGCCACACUUUCUCGCCACACGAGCAAGGUCAGCCCGAUCGUGACGCGCGAGCAGCUCGUGAGGACGACGCGGUCCAAGAAGCUCAAGGCUCCACCGAUGUGUAUUACGUUGUGUAUUACCGCGAGAGAACGGGCUGCACCAUGGACCUAAUCACGGCCAUCCACAAGCAAAUCCGCUCCGAUGUGGUGAAUGACAUUGUCCCGCUAGUCGACGGCAAAGAGGUAGAAGCGGACUGAGGACAAUCAUUUCAGACCUAUUGCCUUCACCGUGCUCAUCGAUGGCAAAUAGUAAGCUGAAGGAAGCUGAAGGGAGUCCCACCGACACGCCGCACUUACUCUACCGCAUGCUGUCGUUUUAUUUGCCACUGCAGCGAAGUUCGCAUCGGUGCAGACGGCCUCGAGGAGCUGUAGAAGACAUGACAUGUCUCAUCCCAACUUCGCACGAAGGCUUCACCUACCAGGAUGGCUCGGGAACGAAUGGUGGCCGGAGGCGGAUUCUGUCAAGUUUGCCCACACCACAAGCAGCACAGAAGUUGAUUACCUGCAUCGAAAGUGGUGAGCAGGUCGAAUUCACAAACGGCACACCGCGACACACACGGGAUGUUCACUCUUGUUUUGUGUGUGUGUGUGUGUGGUGUGUGUGUGUUCGUGUGUGAAGUCACGGGCUCCGUCACCACUCAACCGAGAAAGCGCAGAUGAGAAAUUUCCGACGACUCCAGAGAGGUACGAAUGUGUAUACCCACAUGCACACAAAGCGACAUCCGAAACAUUCGUAUUCUCUUAUCAUCUGUAUGUAUAUGUCUCUUGCAUGCAGUAAUGAACCUGCUGACGGAACAGCGGGAAUACGCAGAGGUCGAGCGCAUCAAGCAGCUGGUGACGCGGCCGGAGCCCGGCACAACGAACAUGACGCGCGAAUACCACUACGGAAUAUCGACUGCGUGCUGGUCAACCGAUGGGAGGAAGAGGAGGCGAAAAGAGAGAAGAAGCUGGGUUUCGACGAAGACAUGUUCAACCGAAUGACGUGGACACUAUACCAGUGGAUGGAUGCAGAGCUCCUCUGCGAUCAAUUUCAACAACAGCGGCUGAAGAAAUCCACCAGAGACCUACUCUACCUACACAACAUCAAUUGUGUACUGGUAAGGAUGAGGGGCUACCAAGACAUCCUAGCGAAGCGCUCUUGAUGUUUCUCUUUUGACAUCCGGCAGACGAAGGCAUGGCGGCCAUGAGAUGAUAUUCACACGGCGAAUUCGACUGCUGCCCGUGCGUAUAGAUCCAUGCCAGUCGUGGGUAGGUAGAUACCGACGACAUCGGCCCUCACUGACCCUCACUGAGAGACAGGUACCUGCAAUGACAGUUGAAUCCAUCUUGCGAGCAGACACGCAGAUGGAUUCAAAAAACGAAUGCUGUGUGUCGGUGUCAGAUCUCAAAAUCGUUGCCUACAUUAUAUAUACAUGGCAUAUUUCCUUCUAUCUCUCCGCAUCCACCAUCGAGUACCGCCAAAACAUGGUAACGAGGAACAUCAGAUCGAGAGACGUCAGAUCGAGAAGUCUACAUGCAAAGUGAGCAUCCAACGAGCUUAUACGUACGUAUGUGAGUAAACGGGGGCUGUGUACUGUAUGUGAUGUUCAGUGGGUGAAUAGGCCCAUGGCCCUCGCCACCGACCCGACCGACGUGUGUGCCUGGAGUCUAUGAUGUGUGUCCUCUCUGUCUGUAUGGUGUGUGAUUUGCCCGAGACAGACACGCAGACAGACAGAGGGACGGGAUGGCCUAUUUGUUGCUCAUGACCAGCCAGCUUCGAGUGAUAUGAACACAGACCUUAUCGAAAGGAUUUAAUUGGCAUCGCUUCGAAAGCGUGUGGAAUGCAUGAGUGUGUGUGGAGA